AUGAAGCUUAACUUGUUCGUCGUCGCUGCUGUCGCAGGCGCGGCAUAUUCGACGCCAAUGGAAAGGAGAGAGUUCAAUACCAGUGGCGGAGAUGGGCCCUACGGACCAGGGCAAUUGUUCACCGAGACGAGCCUCCCACAGCACACCAUUUACAUGCCUUCGAAGCCGGGCAACGCCUCGCUGCCCGUGCUGGUAUGGGGUAACGGCGGUUGCAGCGCGGAAGGGGACUCCAACAGCGAGCUGCUGAACCAGAUCGCCUCGUACGGGUACCUGGCCAUCGCAUCCGGCAGUCCGGGCCAGCAGGGCAACACCACGUCCCAGCAAAUGACCGAAUCGAUCACCUGGGCCGUGGCCAACGCCGGCAAGGGCGCCUACGCCAACGUCGACGCCACAAAGAUCAUGGCCGCCGGCUUCAGCUGCGGCGGCAUCCAGGCCUACGACCAGAUCUGGGACUCGCGCGUCGCUACUAUCGGCAUCUUCAGUUCCGGCCUCCUCACCAACACCACGGCCGCCUCCAGCUUCAACAAGCCCAUCCUAUACUGCCUCGGCGGAACCACUGACAUCGCCUAUGAGAACGGCGAGAGGGACUUCGACAACCUGCCGGCCAACACGCCAUCCUGGAAGGGCAACCUCGACGUUGGCCACGGCGGAACACUGUAUGACGUGAACGGGGGAUUGUUCGGCAAGGCCGGCCUGAACUGGAUUCAAUGGGUAUUCCGAGACGAUGCCGCCGGCAAAGCCUACCUUCAAAGCGGCUACACGGCCGACGGGUGGCAGGUGGAGACACACGCCCUUGACCAGCUGAAACCCUCGGCUAAGGGGAAUGGGACUCGUCGAUUUUCUUAA